AUUUUCCUAUAAAUCCACCCCACAAUCCUUCCCAAGCCUCUUCCCCCUCUCCUUCUUCUCCUUCUCAGAUCCUUAAGAUCACCACUUUCUUCUUUCAUCACUUGUUGAGGCUUUUCUUAACACCUUCUUUCAGUUCUCCUUUUCCUUCGAUUUCUCCUCUUGUUUUCCGGUUUUUUUUCCUUUUCAUUCUAGGUGUUGUUAAAAGAAAAUCAACAUUAAUGUGCAAUCUAUUGUUGUUGUUGUUUGAAAUACAUGUCUCAAAUUCUCAGUGAAUUGUUUCUUUCUGGGUUUAUGAUCAAUUCCACAUAUAGACGCAGGACACAUUUAGUUCAAUCGUUUUCAGUUGUCUUCCUGUACUGGUUCUAUUACAUUUCAUGAUUAUUGCUCUGUUUUUCCUUACUAGAUUACUAUAAACUAGCUUUUUACGAAUUUACAUCUAUAUCUUAUAUAUAUAUAUAUAUAUAUAUAUAUAUUUAAUAGAUAGAUAAAUCUAAAUAAUAAUAAUAAUCAAUUUGAAGCUCUAUUACCAUCUGGGUUCUGUUUAAAAUCUUCAUUUUCUCUCUUCGAAUCUGCAAUUUCAAACUUGAAGGUAUUCUAAUGGCUUCCUCUAGUGGUACGACAACAUCAUCAGGUGGUUCAUACCCAAUUCAGAACUCGGGGUCUGAAGAAGAUCUUCAGCAAUUGAUGGAUCAGAGGAGGAAGAAGAGAAUGAUUUCGAAUCGUGAAUCUGCAAGGAGAUCUAGAAAGAGGAAGCAAAAGCAUCUGGAUGAUCUCACGAGUCAGCUGAAUCAACUCAGGAAAGAGAACAACCAGAUCAUAUCAAGCGUCAGUAUCACCACCCAGCAUUACAUAAGCGUGGAGGCGGAGAACUCUGUUCUGAGAGCUCAGGUGGCGGAGCUCAGCCACCGGCUACAGUCUCUGAACGAGAUGAUCGCUUUUAUGUACCAACCUGUCGACACCGGUUGUGGGUUUGAGGACGAGCAAUACGGCGGCGGAGGUGGCACUGAGUUUGUCGACGAGUUCAUGAAUAACUCACUGAGUUACCUUUAUGCAAACCAGCCUAUUAUGGCUUCAGCAGACAUGAUUCAGUACUGAGUCAGAUGUAAAUCUCCUAAAAGUCUUGAAAAAAAAUUCAGAUUUGGUGAUAGCUUGGGUGUGUUAGGGUGGGGUGGGGUGGGUGGAAUAAAGAUUUGUGAACAAAGGAAGAUGUAGAUUUUUGUGAUGAUUUAUGGGUACAAAGAGCUAUGAUUGUAAUGGGUCUUUCUUGUAGAUGGCAUUAUUGUCACUAAUAAUAUUAAUAUUAAUAUUAUCAUGAUUAUUAAGCUAUUAA